CGUGCGCGCGCCCGGCCGGCCGUCGCCGCGGUGACUGUCCUCGUGGUUCGUCGGCUUGCGCCCCGCCCCCGUUCUCACCGACCCCUCCCCUGUGCGGGCGGGGGUGUUUCUCGCUCCUCCCGAGUUACCACCGCUGCUGCUGCCCCUCCUCUCCCAGUCUUGGGUUUCCCUGGCGCUGCUGUUGCUGCUACCUUUGCGGUCUGUAUGAGGAGGAGGAGGAUGUGAAGAUGGCGGAGCUGCAGAUGCUGCUGGAGGAGGAAAUCCCGGGGGGCCGCCGGGCCCUUUUCGACAGUUACACGAAUCUGGAGCGGGUGGCCGAUUACUGCGAGAACAACUACAUCCAGUCAGCAGAUAAGCAGCGAGCCCUAGAAGAAACCAAAGCCUACACCACCCAGUCCUUAGCAAGUGUUGCCUAUCUGAUAAACACCUUGGCCAACAAUGUCCUCCAGAUGUUGGAUAUCCAGGCAUCCCAGCUACGAAGAAUGGAGUCUUCAAUCAAUCAUAUUUCACAAACAGUUGAUAUUCAUAAAGAGAAAGUUGCAAGAAGAGAAAUUGGUAUUUUGACUACUAAUAAAAACACGUCAAGGACACAUAAGAUUAUUGCUCCAGCCAAUCUUGAACGACCAGUUCGUUAUAUUAGGAAGCCAAUUGAUUAUACAAUUCUAGAUGAUAUUGGACAUGGAGUAAAGUGGUUGCUUAGAUUUAAGGUGAGUACCCAGAAUAUGAAGAUGGGUGGGCUGCCGCGUACAACACCUCCAACACAGAAACCCCCCAGUCCCCCGAUGUCAGGGAAAGGAACACUUGGGCGGCACUCCCCCUAUCGCACACUGGAGCCAGUGCGUCCUCCAGUGGUACCAAAUGAUUAUGUACCUAGCCCAACCCGUAAUAUGGCUCCCUCGCAGCAGAGCCCUGUGAGGACAGCUUCUGUGAAUCAAAGAAAUCGAACUUACAGCAGCAGUGGGAGUAGUGGAGGAAGCCACCCAAGUAGUCGGAGCAGCAGUCGGGAGAACAGUGGAAGUGGGAGUGUGGGGGUUCCUAUUGCAGUACCUACUCCAUCUCCUCCUAGUGUCUUUCCAGCCCCUGCUGGUUCUGCUGGCACUCCUCCCCUUCCUGCUACUUCUGCAUCUGCCCCUGUCCCUCUUGUUCCUGCUACUGUCCCUUCCUCCACUGCCCCAGACGCUGCUGCUGGGGGUACCCAGACCCUUGCUGAUGGCUUCACUUCUCCAACUCCCCCCGUUGUUUCUUCCACUCCCCCUACAGGUCAUCCUGUUCAGUUCUACAGUAUGAAUAGACCUGCCUCUCGCCAUACUCCCCCAACAAUAGGAGGCUCGUUGCCCUAUAGACGUCCUCCUUCCAUAACUUCACAAACAAGCCUUCAGAAUCAGAUGAAUGGAGGACCUUUUUAUAGCCAGAAUCCAGUAUCUCUUGCUCCUCCUCCUCCCUCCAUCCUACAGGUAACUCCUCAGUUACCUUUAAUGGGAUUUGUGGCCAGAGUCCAAGAAAAUAUUUCAGAUACACCACCUCCACCACCACCUGUGGAAGAAACAGUCUUUGAUGAAUCCCCCCCUCCACCUCCUCCUCCAGAAGAUUAUGAAGAUGAGGAAGCAGCUGUAGUUGAGUAUAGUGAUCCUUAUGCUGAAGAGGACCCUCCAUGGGCUCCAAGGUCUUACUUGGAAAAGGUUGUGGCAAUUUAUGAUUAUACAAAAGACAAAGAAGAUGAGCUAUCCUUUCAGGAAGGAGCCAUUAUUUAUGUCAUCAAGAAGAACGACGAUGGUUGGUAUGAGGGAGUGAUGAAUGGAGUGACUGGGCUCUUUCCUGGGAAUUAUGUUGAGUCUAUCAUGCAUUAUUCUGAGUAAAGCUCAGUAGGGCUGUGCUUCCCUCACAGGAAUAGUCAGGUCUUCCCAGAUUGUCAGAAGGCCCUGGGGAUUACCCUCCAGUGAAAUGAAUGAAGGAUAUAAAUGAAUAAAAACUACUUAUGUAUUUUUGGUUUAUCUCCUAGUAUUAAAACAAAAACAAACCCCAAAAAAGCAAACCAAGUAUGAACAAAUGGAUCUUUCUGCCAUAAUUUGUACUCUGCUGAGCUGUCUGGAUUAAAAUGAAGUGACCGUUUCUGAGUAUGUCAAAGAAAUAACUUAACUAUGAAGUUAAAAUAAAUCAGAUUGAUUCAGAGAAAAAAAUCUGGGAUUUUUCUCAGGAAUUCUGUACACCCUUGGGAUUUCCCCUCCUGCAGAAUCUAUGGCAUUAAAUGUUCUUCAAUACCUGUGCCAAGGGAUUAACCUCAAGGCCCAGUGGGUACUUAAGGCCCAUACUUUUUCCACUUGUAUGAAGAAGAAGGAAUCAAUAUUUAAAUACCAUAUUUAACCAUUUUUAUAAUUAUUUCAGGUGGCUUAUUUCCUUUUUAACACUGUAAAUUCUACAUUCUCUCAGCACUGGAGUGUACCAAAUGAGUUAAUGCUAAACUGACUUGCAUUCCUUCAUGCUUCUCAAUUUUCAGAAUAUGAGGAUGAUGAAAUAUGAUUCUCCAAACAUUCCAAGGGUAGUUAACAAGUGCCCAGGUUUGAUUUUAAUGUGCUGUUGCAUGAGACUGCAUUGCUGCUAAUGGCCAGUGUACUCAUGUGUGUGAAAUUUGAUAGGCUGGUUCAUAUGCUGAGGUGAGGGUGCAAAGCUAGACACGAAGGCUUCUAAGGGUCUGAAGAGAUUGAAUCAUAGAAACGUUCCACUCAGAGGCAUCCUAAGUCCUUGCCUUAGGUUCUGUUUUGAUGGAUAGGAUCUUGGAAGUCAGAACAACUAUUUCUUUACUUCUUUCACUGGAAAAACUUUGUUCUUUUUUGGGAAAGAAUAGCAGUUAUUUUCAGGUUUCUUGACAGUCACCAGGAAUAAAAGAUUUGCUAUUUUGCUCUCUAAACAUCACUAAUGACCAUUGUUACCUGCUGCUAUCUGAAUCUUUCAUUCCCGUAGCUCUAGAAAAGGUAAAUACUGUCCUGAUUUUUGUGUGACUCGACUCUGAAGUGGCUGCUCUUGGUAGGAGUUUGAAUUUUAUGUCUCAGACUAAGAAUAUAAUAGUAGGAUAAGAUUGAUUGGCCCAGACUUACCUGAUCACAAAUUAAAAUUAAUAUAAUUUUGAAAUCAACAGUAACAAAGUUUGUUUUUUUUCAUCUGCCCAACAAUUAUAAAUUCAAACUUCGUGGAGUUUAUAGGACAUAGGACUUUAAUCAUCACUUUUGUUAUCAAUAUAUGAGAAAUACUGAAAAAAUCCAGGAGGACUUGGUGCACUCAGUAGGUGAACACUGUGAUGAUGGACCAGCUCAUGGCCAGGUAUCAAUGUGGGUUCUUCCCAGUCUGUGACUUGGCCAGAAUAGAGCAUUGCUGGGGAACCUCCCUGUGCUGGGUGAAACGACAAAGGCAGUAGCUCCUAAUACUUCAAAUGUAGGCCCUGAACAUGAUAUAGUGCGAAUGAUAGAAUUCGACUGAAAGAUGGACAAGUGUAGUAGUGUAUGAGAUCCAGAUCCUGCAGUAAGAAGUUUAUAUUCCACUUGUUCAUCUGUUGUGAGCACAAAACUGCAUUUCACAUUUAAAUGCGACCCAGCUAUAUAUGUUCCCUUAUUUUUUUUUGUUGCGGUUUUUUUUUCCUACACGUUGCAACUUAGCUACUUUGCUUUUAAAAUUUUUGAAGACUUUGAAUUUAGGUUUCAUUAACUUCCCUCUAAUACAUAUGCCACUUCACACUUUUGUUAGGUCAUCUCCAUAUCCCUUAUUCUGUUUCUCUUAAAAGCAGUGGCCCUCAGUAUCCUGUGAAUCUUUAGCUCCUUUAUGGACCCAACCUAGAUUAUACAUAGGUAGUUUAACCUCUUCUUAGUACUGGGUGUAUAACUAGGAAAACAUUUUUGAAAUUAGAUGUUCCCAUUAUUAAUUUUUUGCUGAGAAAGCUUAGUGGAUUAAUAGUGCAAAGGGUGUUUUGAAAUCCAACAAAUAGUCCUCACAGCUCACAGCUAUAGCUGACACCUACACAAGAAGCAGACCUGUGGCAGGCAGACGUGGCAGGGUCAGCAAGAAGGGAGCUUGCCUGUUGAAACCCUUGAGCAUUGGGGAGUGCAGAAGACAUGGUGAAGUCCUUCAUUUUACAGGUCUGCAGCAGGGGCAAUCUGUGGGUCAACUGAUGUUUGUCUGUAUUAUUUAGUACUAACGUGUGUGAUUUUUGUUUUAAAAAACAAUCCCUGUUGGAUUUUCUGUAUCUUCAUUUGUAGUUUUGAAUUCUGUAGAGUGUCUUGGAAGGAUAUUAUGUAAUGAUGAUGGACCAGGCCUACAGUUAUUGGAGACUUUUAAUGUAUGUAACAUUUCAUAGAUUGCAUGCUAUUAAUGGGCUGUGAGGGCUGUAUUUCCUGUUUUAUCAUAAGUUUCCUCCUAUUUAUCUUUCUGUGAACUAUAAAAGGUCAGUAUUAGGAAUUCCAAAUGAAUGCAGAAAUCUUGCUACAUAUUAUUAAUAUUGUAGCAAAGAUAAUCGAAGUCUAUAAUCUGUUGACCAGUAAGCAACCAUUUUAUAAGGAAAGAGGGAAUUCAAUGGGGGAGGUUUCCCUCCUGAAGUGUUACUUUUUAACUUGUAUGCCCACUCCUUUUUUUGCCUUUAAAAAAGAAAGAAAAAAAAAGUCUAUUUUCUUGGGUUGUUUUGUUUUUCUCUAUUAAUAUAUGAAACUUCAUGGGGAUAUGAAUGAAAAUCUUGCUUGUUGUUUUUUUACCUUAUGGCCAAGGCAAUAACCAAGAAACACAAAUAGUGCCAAUGUGUCAAUAUCUAGACCUGAGAGAUUCAGCCUGCUGUGUUUGGAUUAAAUUUAUCUUUUAAGUUGUUGUGUUCAGUAUUUUCCUUUUGGAAAGGAUUUUCUAUCUCACUCAGAAGCAACUCCUGUUCCCAGCAUCUUAGAGUCAGUAUUGGCAAGGACUUGGUACUUUUUGCUAUACUCCUAAGAAGUCACUGGGUGAGACAUUUUCACCACCCCCCUUUCCUUCCUUCUCCUGCUGUUUAUUGGCCAGCUAUCAAGAAUGUUUUAUGCAUCCUUACAUUCAUGUCUGUAAUGUAGCUGUACUUUUUAGCAGUCUUAUGUUGAUUAAGAUAAGAUUUUUCUUUUUGGGUGGCAUCAGAAUGAUGGUAGACACUUUACUUUUUUAUCUUUUUGUUUUCAUUUUCUUUUAGCAGGCCCUCUUUCCCUUUCGGCAUUAAGGACUGUUCUCCUUUAUUUUUUAUCACCUUCUCUUGUGGAGAGGGCAUGGCAUGUCCUGAAGACCACAUCUUUACCUUUGAAAAAGGUUUGAUGGUGGAUUUGGCAGGUGACUGUUGAUUUGAAUGCACUACCCCUCUUUUCACUUCCCACUUCUAUGGCCAGGAACUCCUGAUUGGUGGUAAGGUGAAAUCAUCCCUCCCCCGCUACCAUCAUUUACUUAGGUUCAAAGAAGUUUAGAGUUAGAUGCGAUUCGAUGUUUUAGAUGUAUUAACUAGUUAACAGUGGUCAGAUAUCCAGUAGUCUUUCCACUGCUCCACAACUAUCUUAAUUGAAAGUGCUGUAUUUUUCUUUAAAAAUCAGAGUUCUACUUGAUGCCUUCAGGAAGAUACUUGAAAAGAUAUGCCAUGUUUUGAUAGAUACCGUCAGAUUAUUCAGACUAUGUUGGUUGUUUAAAGGAGUGUACAAUUAAAUGCAUCCUUGUUAGUAAAUAAUUUUCAUUUUAACCUUUCUGAAACAGCACUCAGUACAAAUGGUCUUCUCCAUAAGGUGUAUCUAACAAAAAUUUUAUAUCAUUUCAACAUAGGCAGGAGCACAGCACAAAUAGCCUUAUUUGAGAAAGCCUUAUAAAACAAUGUAGGCAUUGUGCUCAUUAACUUAUUUACUUUAUGUUGAUAUUUCUUCCUAUUUCUUAUUGAGAAUCUCAUAAUUCUUUAAGAAAAAACUGACAAAUGAAACGACAGGGUCUAGUUGUGUAUAAAAUGAUCCUUGCUAAGUAUCUUGAGGGUUUUUUUGUAAAACAAAACGAAAGCUUAUUUUCACAUUAAAAUGGAAAUGUCUUUUGCAACUUCAGAAUUCUAUGGAAAAGCAGUUUUUAACCAUACUUUUAUCCAUGCACCUUUUUCUUAGCAAUGAAAUAGUUUACAAAAAAGAAUGUAAACAAUUUGUGAUCUGGCCAGUUGUACUUUUUAGCUCCCAGAGGAGGGAUCGUGUUGUGAUUAGCUGAGUGAAAACCAUGCAGGAAAACUUGAGGGAGCAGUCUGUUGCCAGUAAUGUUUCUUGUGUGUGCCAUUAAGCCACCUCCAGAUGAGUGGGGGAAACAUUCACUUUUUAAUUUUUUUAAUUGUAUUCGGAAUUGUUGCUGUGUACUAAGAAUUUGACCCAAAUAAAAUCCCACAAUGUGUAA